AUCUGAACAAGUCUGAAAGUGAUAUUAAUCAUUUGUGUUUAGGUUCCCAUAUUUUUUAUUUCUUCUGUAGCUAAAGAGUUGUUGGCCUUUUCCAAUGUUAUACCAGAAUGGCUGUGCAAGCAAAAACAAGACAGGUUAUACGCCGGCCAAUCUCUAUUUUCUUAUGUUGAGCUUCUGAAUAGCAAAAGGCUGCAAGUGUUUCCUGAAAUUCAUUCUCCUGAGUUACUGUAAGAUGAAUCCUCCCUGUCGAGUGGACGGUGUUUUUAAGAGUAUACGUUAGUUUGAGUAUGUUUUAGGGAAAUAUGUUUUUUUUCAAUUGGAGUAUGUUAGGAUUUGUUUUUCUUUUGUUUCAGUAGUUUUGGCAGUACACUGUUACGAUUUCUGAAAGGUUGUUCAUCUCAGCCUUAUAACCAAGUUUUGUGCAUAGAACUAUUUGGCAGGAGCCUUGUGUAAUAUUUUGUCCACAUUGGAGUCUGCGAUUAGGACCUGUUGUUCAUUUGCUUCGCCGCUGGUGUGCAAAUCCGGACUCUUUACUUGUUAUGGAGGAAGGAAUUGAUCUUGACUUGGGUGUUUUGCCUUUCAAGCCAAUGGAAGUGAAAGUUCUGAAGUGCUCAUUUAUUUCUGGAAUAAAUGUCAAGAAAGCUCCAUAUUUGCUGGAAGCACUGCAACCAAUGCAUGUUGUGCUUCCUGAAGACCUGAGGCCACACUUUAGCCAUUUGAACCACACAUAUUCCUUGAGCUAUUUUUCAGAAAAUGAGACUCUGGUCAUACCCAAGUUGAAGAAGCAGGGUUCAGAACUAUCCAUUGCUGUAGAUCUGGCUUCCCAACUCCUAUGUUGUGCAAAGUCGCCGCUAGGAAAGGAUGGCAAGGAAUUUGUGAGGCUAAAGGGAGAGUUAUCCAUGGAGAGAGGGAAGUAUCAAUUGGUCAUAGGAAAUGAUCGAGCACCAUCUUCUUCGCAAAGCAGACCGGUUGUCUGUUGGGGUAGAAUUGACCCAGAGGCACUUGUUGCUGCAUUAGGGAACACGGGAAUCAAAGCAACCGUUGAGCAAAGUCAACCUUCUUCUUCUUCUUCUACCACUACUAAAUCCAUGAUACACAUCUCAGAGCCUAGUGAAGCUUCAAUUGAAGUUUCAACAGAAAAAACUCUCAUCAGUGCUGCAGAUGAGGAUUUUGCCUUGCGGAUUUCCGAGUCUAUAUGUACCCUUUUAAAAUGCAUUUGAAUGGGGAGUUCGUUUCCAAAGUUCAUAACUCGAGGUAGUAUUUACAUAACGAUUGGAGAAGAACCCUGUGAUAGAGUCAUGCUUUUCUCAACCAGGCUUUUAAUUUUAAAACUUGCCAUCAUGAGUUCAUUGAUCUAUUUUGUAAAAUAUUUAUUCUGUGUCCCUCUGGGCUUGAUGAGGUGCCACAUAGGUGCCCCAUAACCUAGUGGGUGUGAAUAGAAAAAUGUUCCAUAUAUGUUAUGACUUAUGAGCUUGAAAGUGGGGCG